CAAAUGGAUGGUGAAGAAGAAGUUCAUGUUCUGCUGGUGACACUUCCAAAGCAAGGGCAUAUUAACCCAAUGCUCAGGCUCGCAAAACGCCUCGUAUCAAAGGGCCUUCAUGCAGUUCUUGCCACCACUGAAAAUGAGCGUCACCGCUUGCUCCACUUCAAAGCCUCCGUCACUCAACAAACCAAUCCCCCUAAAACCCCCACAAUCAGCCUUGAGUUUUUCUCCGAUGGACUUAGCGAUGAAUUCGAUCGCGAAAAGUAUCUCGAGUCUUCCAUUGAAUCCUUACAAACUAUAGGGUCGAAGAAUCUUUCAAAUUUAAUUACCAAACUCAAAACCAAAUGCAAUAAAAUUUCCUGUAUAAUUACCAACCCUUUUAUGCCAUGGGUGCCCGGACUUGCAGAAGAACAUGGCAUCCCUUGUGCAGUUCUCUGGAUACAAGCUUCUGCAGUCUACUUCAUUUACUCGAAUUACUUUAAGCAUCCGUAUCUAUUUCCAUCGUUAGAUAAUCCAAACGACGCCGUGGAGUUGCCUGGUAUGCCAAUGCUACUAGUAAAGGAACUUCCUUCCUUUAUCCUUCCUUCUAGCCAUAUAUGUCUCACAAAAUUGGUUUCAGAUUUCGUUCAAAUGUUAGAUAAGGUGAAAUGGAUUCUGGGGAAUUCAUUCAACGAGCUAGAGAAGGAAAUAGUUGGGUCAAUGGGUUCACUACAGCAGAUUAUUCCUAUCGGUCCGUUAGUGCCGCCAUUUCUGCUAGGAGAAAAAGAAAUCAUAGCCGCUAGCAUGGAUUUGUGCAGGCCUGAAGAUUAUUGCAUAGAAUGGCUCGACAAGAAGCCACCUUCAUCGGUUAUUUACAUAUCAUUUGGCAGUCUAAUUGUAAUGACUCAGAAUCAAAUCGACAGCAUAGCAACGGCGUUAAGAAAAAGCUGUCGACAAUUUCUCUGGGUUGUUAAACCUCCGGAGAAAGGUUGUUCGAAGAGAAGUGGUGAAUUUCCACCUGGGUUCCUUGAAGACACAAAGGAAAGAGGAUUGGUGGUAAAAUGGUGUCCUCAAGAGAAAGUAUUGAUGCACCAGGCCGUGGCUUGCUUCAUGACCCACUGUGGGUGGAAUUCAACCCUAGAGACCAUCGCAACUGGGGUGCCCGUCAUUGCUUAUCCACACUGGACAGAUCAAUCCAUUGAUGCAAAACUUUUGGUUGAUAUUCUGAAGAUUGGUGUGGGGAUGAAAAAUGAAGAAGAUGGAACUCUUAGCGUAGAUGAAGUGGAAAAGUGUAUCAUGGAGAUGACUGAUAAAAACACGGCAACAGAAAUGAAGAAGAGGGCAAUUUUUUUUAAGGAGGCUGCAAAGAAAGCCGUAGCGAAUGGUGGUUCUUCAGAUCGGAAUCUGGAUACUUUUAUCAAUGAAAUACAAGGAAAAUCAUUCUAGGCUUUGACGUAAAAUCAUGAGCAUCACUGAAUUUGCCUCUUGUAAUCAGCAGCCAAUCACAUAAAUCAUUCGAUAUAUAUAUAUUUUCUUGUCCUGUCCCUA